UUCACAAUCCACAGUUGAUGCAGGCAUCAUAUCGGCUGCCGGAUGGAACCUUGGUGUCGCCUUAUGCAGAACCACAUUCUUCACCACAGCUUGGUCAGGCCUUGCAAAACCAACAAAUCCGAGGUGCUUCAUACACUUUGCCAGAUGGAUCAGUUAUUAGGGACCCACGAAUUCCCCAGAAGCCCAUGUCUCCUAACCUUGCCAGAGCUCUUCAGAACCAGGAUCUCAGGAAUGCUACAUAUACUCUACCGGAUGGCACAAUUAUAAAUCAGAGACAGCAAGUAGGCAAUUAUUUAUAAUUCCUAAAUCCACCUUUUAUUGUCAUUUUCCAUUGUGUUUCUGUCUUUGCUCUUUUUCCACAGCAACCUGUUUCACCAGACUUGGCUAAAGCUCUAAAAAACCCAGCCCUCCGUGACGCUUCCUAUUCGCUCCCUGAUGGUACCAUUGUCAUUGACCCAAAGAAACCAAAAUCCCCCAACCUUGCAGCUGCACUUCAGAACCCUUACUUGAAAAGCGCAUCUUACACACUGCCUGACGGUACUAUUAUCAUUGAUCCACGGAAGCCCGUCUCUCCGAAUCUUUUCAAUGCCAUUCAGAACUCCGCCCUCAAGAAUGCCUCUUUUAACCUGCCGGAGGGAGUUCGUGACCCUAAUACACCCAUACCACCAGACUUGUUCAAGGCACUUAAUAACCCAGCCUUGAAAGGGGCAACUCUCACACUACCUGAUGGAACCAUGAUAGUUGACCCGAGAAAACCAAAGAGUCCCACGCUUACGGCCGCCCUUCAGAACCCCUACCUGAAGGACGUAUCCUACACCUUGCCUGAUGGAACCAUCAUCAUCGACCCUCGGAAACCACUCACUCCUGACUUGUCCAAAGCUCUCGGGAAUCUUGAUAUUCGCAAAGCUACAUACCAGCUCCCGGAUGGUUCCCUGAUCAUUCCCGGUCAGCAGCCUAAAACUCCAAACCUUUCUGCUGCCCUGAGGAACAACAUGGGCCUUCGUUCUGUAGAUCUCUUCCAUCUUCCUCAAAACUCUGUCCUGUCAGGGGCACCUAAACCCUCCACUCCAAAUCUCGCCUCUGCCCUUACCAAUGAAGACCUGCGUGCUGUUCGUUACAGGUUGCCUGAUGGUUCCGUUCUGACGAGACGGUUCCAUAAUCCCAAUCUGGUCGAUGCAAUCCAAAACCAGCAGCUCCGCUAUGCUUCGUACAGGCCACCGACAGGACUACAGGGUGCAGAUAAUCGAUACGCCGUGAUUCCACCCUAUGGGCCGUAUUCAGGCCACUGGGCCAGGAAUGCCAGAGGUGGUGGGGAAGCAGGGGAGGACGUUUGGGCUGCAGAGAGAGUUUUGCCUCACGGUACAGUCCAGAAUCUGGCCAAGUGGUCCAUGUACAGAGAAGCUGGAGUCUUGGAUGGAUAUUUACCCACACCUAAAGUUGAAGAUGAUCAAAUUCAAGAUCCAGACUGGACUCCAGUCAGAGAGAGGGUGCCUGGGCAAAGCUGGUAUGAUAAGAUCUACUCUGUCUUAAGCAUGCCAACGACUGGCCACAGGGUGAAACGCUGGGCCGAGGGUGCAGAAGACUUGACGCAGCUGCCUGAACUGAACGAGACCACGGUUCUGAUGAAUCUCAAAAAACGCUUCGACCAGGAGCUCAUUUAUACCUACAUCGGCAGUAUCCUUGUGUCUGUUAACCCUUACAAGUUGCUAAACAUUUACGGCACAGACAUGGUGCUCCAGUAUGAGGGCCACGGCUUGAUCGACAACCCUCCUCAUCUUUUUGCCCUUGCUAAUCUCUCGUACACAACAAUGAUGGAUGCCAAAAACAACCAGUGUAUUGUGAUCAGCGGUGAAAGCGGGUCUGGGAAGACAGAAGCAACUAAACUGAUCCUACGAUACUUGACAGCCAUACAUCACAAACGCAAUGUAACCCAACAGAUCCUAGAAGCCACACCUUUGUUGGAGUCCUUUGGGAAUGCCAAAACGGUGCGGAAUGACAACUCUUCACGAUUUGGCAAAUUCACACAGAUCUGCAUGGAGGAGGGUGUAAUCAGCGGUGCCAUAACAUCUCAGUACCUGUUGGAGACGUCCCGCAUUGUCUUUCAGGCCAAAUCGGAGAGAAACUACCACAUCUUUUACGAGAUGUUGGCCGGUCUUCCUCCGCACGAGAAGCGCUCGCUAUAUCUGCAGGAUGCUGAGACCUACUAUUAUCUCAAUCAGGGAGGCGACUGUAAGAUCGACGGGAAGGACGACGCCGAGGACUUCAGACGGCUGCUGAAUGCCAUGGACAUCUUGCGCUUCGCCCCCGAGGAGCAAACAGCCAUCUACAGACUUUUGUCCUCCAUCCUCCAUCUAGGCAACGUCUACUUCCAGUCAAACCAGACCAAGGCCGAAGGUCAAGAGGCAGCGUCAGUGGUGAGCGCUCAGGAGAUUAGGGUGGUGGCAGAGCUGCUGCAGGUGUCUCCCGAAGGCUUGCAAAAGUGUGUCACCUUUAAAAUGAUGGACACGGUCAGGGAAAAGAUCUACACUCCCCUCACAGUGGAGAGUGCUGUGGAUGCCAGAGACGCUGUUGCCAAGAUCCUCUACUCGCUGCUCUUCAACUGGCUGACAGAGCGCAUCAACGGACGCGUGUACCCCCGCAACGAAGCGCUCUCCAUCUCUAUACUGGAUAUUUAUGGAUUUGAGGAGCUCCAGGUGAACAGUUUUGAGCAGCUGUGCAUCAACUACGCCAAUGAAACUUUGCAGUUCUACUUUAACAAAGUCAUCAUCCAGCAGGAGCAGGAGGAGUACAUGCGGGAGCAGAUUGAGUGGCAGCAGCAGCCCUUCAGCCACAACCAGGCCUGCAUGGACCUCAUUGCCGCAAAGCCUCAUGGGAUACUGCGCAUACUGGACGAUCAGUGUGGUUUCCCUCAGGCAACAGACCACACCUUCCUUCAGAAGUGCCAUUAUCACCAUGGUAACGACCCUCUCUACGCCAAGCCAAAGAUGCCACUUCCACAGUUCACCCUCCAGCACUACGCUGGGAACGUCACCUAUCAGGUGCACAAGUUCUUGGACAAGAACUUUGACACGGUCCGCCAGGAUGUCCUGGACCUCUUCAUCCAGAGCAAAAGCAGAAUGGUGUCCGAUCUCUUCCUCAAACAUUCCGAGGCCGUGUCCCUGCAGCGCUCCCAUGCACGCCGCAGCAGCACGGCUCGCCGCUUCCAGGCCAACACGAUCAGCGCAAAGUUCCAGAGCAGCUUACAGGAGCUGCUGGAGAAGAUGGAGAGGUGCAACCCUUAUUUUGUGCGAUGCAUCAAGCCAAACCACCAUAAGGAGGCCGGAGUGUUUGACACGGAGCUGGUGUGCACGCAGCUGCGUUAUUCCGGAAUCAUGGAGACCAUCCGGAUCCGCAAGGAGGGUUAUCCAGUCAGACUUCCAUUUCACAGCUUCCUCUCAAGAUACAAAGCCCUGCUGUGUAUGAAAGAGCCUCCGCCCGCCGUGGGAGAAAACUGCGCCAUCAUGCUGCGCAAACUGGGCCCCGUCAAGGUCGGGUCCUUUCAGCUGGGAGUCAGUAAGAUCUUUCUAAAAGAGGAUCUGCAUCAGCUGCUGGAGGGCAAGCGUGACCGCCUGCUCAACAUUGCCGCCCUCACAUUGCAGAGAUAUGUGCGCAUGUACUUCAUCCGCAAGAACUUUGUUAAGUUCCGACGCUGCAUGACACUCUUUCGGGCUCGCUGCAAAGGCUACGUGAUUAGAAAAAAGUUUUCACUAAGGAGGAAAUACCUCAUCAAGCUCCGCUCCAUUGUGCUGCUCAUUGUCAACCGGCAGCGCUACAUAAGAACGGUGGUGGAGCCCGCGAGGAAGGCUGAGGAGGAUCGCGUCAAUAGAGAAGUGGUGAAUGUCACCACACUGCCCAUCCCCGCUGAGCUGGCGGCCCUGCUGCAGGCGGCUUCAGGUGGAGCGGAGCUGCACUCGGACUGCUUGGCGCUCGUCCAGGCUCCAAAGGUUCAGGUGGACCCACAGCUGACCUUGCCUCUGGACAUCAACAACUACCUCAUGACUCAUUACAUCCGCGCCAUAUUUAGGGAGCCGUUGUUUGGGAUGCUGACAGCCCCACUGGAGAACUCUCUGACUCGAUUGGAUCAGGAGCUUACACAUGGAGCCCUCAACGUUUUUGUGCUGAUACUUCGCUUCAUGGGCGAUCCCGACCUGAACGGGGCUCAGGAGAAUCUCUUUGGUAACUACAUCAUCCAGAGAGGACUUGCCAAUCCCGACCUCCGAGAUGAGAUCUUUGCUCAAGUUGCCAACCAGGUGUGGAGGAAUCCCAACGUGCUGAAUUCCGAGCGAGGUUGGCUCCUGUUGUCCUCGUGUUUGUCCACCUUCCUUCCUUCUCAAAGGCUGACCAAGCACCUGCUCAAGUUCGUGUCCGAUUACGGCCCGGAGGGCUACGACUCAGUGUGUCAGCACCGUCUGCUCCAGGCUAUGCAGCGGUGGAGCGUGGGGCCGGAGUGCGUGCGCACAUACCCGCCCUGCCUGCUUGAGUGGACCGCCAACCGCAAGAGAGCGCACACGGUCCUGCACGUGCACUCCUUUGAUGCCGUGUCCGUCCUUUGUCCUGUGCACUCAUGGACUACCGGGGAGGAGGUGGCCAAAGACAUUCUAGCACACAGGGGUGUGACAGAGGGUCGUCGGGGGUGGUCCAUUCUGUUGAAGGAGUCUGCCCAGUUAGUGGAGCUGGAGGGGUCAGACCACGUCCUGGACCUGAUGUCAGACCUGGAGCUGCCGGCAGACUUCCCUAAACACAGCAGCUACUUCAUCAUCUCUGCACAGGAGCCAGGCAGAGUCAGGCCCAAUGCCAGCAUAAGUCUUCUGGGUGGCGGUUUUGACGGCAACGAUGACGUCAUGUCGUCAGCCAUCAGCGCCUGUGAUGGAUCGGCGAGCCAGGAUGCAGAGCCUCAGCGAGGGAUGGAUCGUUACCUGGACAGCCUGUUUGAACCCGUGCUGUCUGACGGGACAGCGGAAGUGGACUCUGCCGCCGUUCUCUCCAGCAGGAUGAAGGGUGCCGGGGGAGUUGGGUGGCGCGACCAGGACCAGUCCGGUGGCCCCCCACCUCCACCUGGAGCCGUACGCGUCCUUCCUGUGGGGGGUGUGAUGUCGCCCCCUGUUGUAGCAGUGGCCCCUGUGACACCUGAGGCCCAGCAGGCGGUUCUGGCGCAGCAGCAGCAGACCAUCGCCAACCAGCAGGCUGUCAUCACGGCCCAGCAGAUGACCAUGCAGGCCAUGGCCAUGGUCAGCCCCGUGUCCAGCCCCCCGACUUCACCCAUCACGAGCCCUCCCACCAGUCCCCAGCUCCACCAUCCCCCCAGCCCGUACGCCGCCGUCCCGCCAAGUCCGUACGCCAACAUCCCACCCAGCCCGUACGCCAACUUCACGCCAUCUCCCUACACCGCCGUCAGCCUCCCUUCCAGCCCGUACCCUCCUCCCUCGCAUCACCCGGCGGCGCACACUCCAUCGCAGCUCCCGGAUCGACCCGUGCCAGAGGCUCCGACACAGCCCCAGAACCCUCAGACGAACCCUGCUGGAACCGACAGAACUGGGUCGACGCCGCCGGAGAGUAAUUCGCCCGUGCAGUCAAAUAAGAAGGACAGCAUUCCUCGGAGAAGAGCCCCCACAAUUCCCAUCAACAAGAACAAACCUGCCAAAAAGUUUGCCCCAGUGGCCACGUCUCCUCCGCCCCCUGCUGGUGAGGUGGUGAAGUACUCGCCUUUGUCUACGGAGCACAUUGUGCCCAGCCAAGACAUUCAAGAAAUUAUCAAGAGGUACAACUCCCCACCGCCACCAUUGGAGGCCCUUCCACCUGGCAAAAGGAGACCAGAGGGUAAAUUCAAGAAAAAGCAAACCCCUCGUGAUGAAGCGCUGCAGAUCCUAAAGCCUCAAAUGGACAACCCUCCUGCUCCACAGCCUAAACGUCCGGUGGCCCCACCGCCUUCUGCUCCCGUGAUGAAGGACACCACUUUAAAGCCCAGCAAGAGCACCAAGACCAGACCGCCGGCUCGUCCGGUUCCGGUACCUCCACCAGUGUCUCGAGAGCUGCCAGUGGAAGCAGAGAGCAUCCAGACGCAACUGCAGCAGAGCAGCAACCAGGAAUACUACACCUACACCAAUGUACCCUGGAGACUUUACCUCAGGAAAGAGAUUUUUUAUCCCAAAGACAGCUUCAACGACCCACUGGUGCUGGACCUCAUUUUUAAACAGAUAGUCAACGACACUCUGUCAGAGGCAUGCGUCCGCAUCAGGCGUGAUGAAAGGCAGAAGAUGAAAGCUCUCUUUGACGAGCAUGGGGUCCAACAGAACAUGGAUCCAGUGGAGGAACAUGUGAAGAAAACCAUCGUCACGGCCGCUAGGGACACCUGGGAAAUCUACUUUUCUCGACUCUUCCCAGCUUCGGGCAGCGUGGGAACCGGCGUGCAGGUCAUGUCGGUGUCGCACAGCGGCAUCAAGCUGCUGAAGACCGUGAGGAGCAGCGCUGCAGCUCCAGACUACUUCCGAGUCCUCAGAGCCUACACUUUCGCAGACAUCCUGUUUGUGACCAUCCCGUCUGAGAACAUGCUGGAGUUCAACUUGACCAACGAGAAGCUCAUCCUGUUUUCGGCCAAGGCACCGCAGGUCAAACAUCUGGUGGACACCUUCAUCAACGAGAUCAAGAAGGAUUCGGACUACGUGAUCGCAGAACGGAACUUUGUGGCGGACGACCGCGCCAUGCUCAACUUCCAUAAAGGCGACAUCAUCAGGCUGCAAGUGCUGGAUGGGCUGGAGAAAGGCUACAGCUACGGCUGUGUGGUGAGGAAGAAAGUGGUGUUUUUGGAAGAGCUCAAGAGGGACACGCAGGACUUUGGUUGGAAGUUCGGCGCUGUGUUUGGACGCUCUGGUGCCUUCCCGGCCGAAUGCGUCCAUCCGGUAGCACCUCCAGACUUCCUGACCCUGCCGCUGGACCGCAAGACCGAGCCUCGAGGAGGGGCGGGUCAGUUUGCCGUGUCGUCAGCGGUGGCGGUGGCUGUGGCGUCCACCAUGGCAGCACAUGAGAUCGAUCAAACCAUCGAGGUGGGCUCCUCAUAUGUCCAGCCACAUUGUGACUCGUGGAAUGACGAUGACGAGUCUGUGUUUGCUGCUCAGAGGGUUUCUCUGGACGGCUUCGAUGGCGACGUGGACGAGAGGACCCUGCAGGACAGCAAAUACGACAUGCCAGAAUUUGCCAAGAAGUACUUCAGACAGGCAGCCAGUGGGAGGGGGGACUCCAUGAAGAACAAAAGCAAGAGCCGAGACUCCAGGGUACCUGAAGAAAUGGUCAAGUUCUCCAAGACUCCACUGAGCGAGUCUCUGAUAGAAUUCACUGACCCAACCAUGAACAGAGUGGCGGCAGACCUCUUUCUCUUGGUGAUGCGCUUCAUGGGCGACGCUCCGUUAAGGGGACUGACGGAACAGGAAGUGGUCAGCACGUUCCUCAAGCUGAUAGGAGAGUUCACCUUGAUGAGGGACGAGGCUUACUGUCAGGUGAUCAAACAGAUCACCACCAACACCAGCUCUAAACCUGACAGCUGCCAGCGAGGGUGGAGGCUGCUCUACAUCCUGACUGCUUUCAGUCGGUGCUCCGAGGUCCUCAAGCCCUUCUUGUUGAAAUACCUGACACAGGCCUGUCUCGGCGCCGGCGUACAGUAUCAGGGUAUCGCCAAAGCGUGUGAGCAAAACCUGAAGAAGACGUUCCAACAUGGAGGCCGCAAUGUUCCACCCGGCAACAUGGAGCUAAAAGCAAUGAUGGCGGGCAGAAGCUCCAAACGUCAGCUCUUCCUCUUUCCGGGAGGCAUCGAACGUCACGUGAAAAUCAAAACAUGCUCGGUUUCCCUGGAGGUGAUCGAGGAACUGUGUUACGAGAUGGGCUUGCACAGACUGGAGGCCAUCGAGGAAUACGCCAUAUUUUUGGUCACCAGCAGAGGUCAGAACGUGCGCCCUCUAAACAAGCACGAGUACAUCCUGGAUGUCGCCACGGAAGCCGAGGUCGUCGACAACAACUACAGCUUCUGGUUCCGAAGGGUGGUGUGGACUCAGCCUCUCAAGUUUGACAGUGAGCUCUACGUGGCCAUGCACUACAACCAGAUCCUGCCGGACUACCGCAAAGGUCUCCUCAACGUUCUUCCACACGGAACAGUGAGUGAUCAACAGUUCCAUCAGAUCUCCAAGCUGGCGGCCUUGCAGCACCGAGCCAAAGACAUCCUCUUCAUCCCCAGCAUACACGAGCUGUCGGAGUACAUCGCCGCGCCUCUCUUCAAAAAGCAGCCGCCCCAGCAGUGGGUUAUGAUGGCGACGCAGCACAUGCAGCAAGUGCAGACCCUGAGUCCGCACCAGGCCCGAGCACAGUUCCUGGGUCUGAUCAGUGCGUUCCCUAUGUUUGGCUCGUCGUUCUUCUACAUCCACAGCAGCAGCUCCACGUCAUUUUACGCCCCUUGUAUUGUUGCCGUUAAUCAAAACGGUCUCCACUUCCUGCACAAAAGCACACACGAAGUGAUGGCUACGGUCCCCCUGGUGGAGGUGCAGGCCAGCCGCACCCAGAGGCCCUCUGCUGGAUCUAGUUACCCCUACGUGGACCUCACACUGGGUGACAUGGACGCACAGCGGCUCAUUCAGCUGCAGCUGGAGCAGGGCCUGGAGUUGUGUCGAGUCAUCGCCAUGCAGGUGGAAAACAUGAUGUUGGUGCGUGAAAAGAGGCUCACCCUGCCGCCCAGCGAAAUCACCAUGCUGUAGAGCGCGUGCAUGCAAUCACACUCACGUUUCUCAAACUAGCAGCAGAUCAACACGCAUUCUUGCUACCGCCACAUGUUUACGCACUGGACACAUUAGGCACACCUGCACGCAGAUAGAGCAAAUUACAUCUUAGAUACUGAGGCUGACUUUAAAUAUCAAUUUAACAGUAUUUGUAUGUUUGAUGGGACUUUGUCGAUUAAGUAGCAGGAUUACUCAAAAACAGCAUCUUGAAUUAGCGCCAAUUGGAGCAAUGACCCACUACAUUAACCAGCAGGAGCUGGUUGUAAUGCCAAUUACUGCCACCUAAAGGACUGGAGUGGAAGCAUCUUAUUUAGCCAUGAAUUGACUAUUUUCUAAUGCUAAACUUAUAUUUUCUGUCAUCUUUUUGUUUAUAAUCAUUUAUUUAAACUGCGCAAGUGUGCCUAAUGUUAUGGUCGGUGAGGGUAUAACUAUGCAUAUUUGUACCACUUGUAUUGAAUUGCUCAAAUGUACUGUAAAGUAAUAUCAGGACAAAUUGCAAACCAAUGUACUUUUAUUUGCUGAUUCAAUAUGACAGAUAGAGUGUAUAAAAGUGGUUGAAGUAUUUUGUAUCUUUUUAAAUUAUUUUUUAAGUCCUUAUUGACAUUGUUUUCAGAAAAGUCUAUUAUAUCUGCUCUGUUUUGUAAAAUAGUGUUUUAUGAAAAUAAAUUCAGUGGCAACACACUUAUAUAA